AUGGUGAAGUCUUCUGUGGAUAAACAUAACCAUCUCAAGAGCAGCAAAGCAAGGAUGUUGAAGCAUGGUACAAUUGCAAGGCAAUAUAAAGAUGAAUCAAGAAGAAGGCCUGGUAUUAAGUGGACUGACAUCAAGGAUGAGAUAAUGAUGAGGUACAAUCUCUCUGUUUCUAAGUGGAUAUGCACGAAAGCAAGAAGAAUGGCUCUAGACUUGGUUAUAGAAACGCAGAGGGAACAAUUUUCCAAACCGUGGGACUAUGAGAGGGAGCUUCAGCGUUCAAAUGAUAAUACCACGACUGAGAAUGUGACUAUUCCUCGUGAAGAUGGUAGGUUUGUCUUCGAUAGAUUCUACAUCUGUUUUGAGAAUCUGAGGACCACAUGGAAGCGUUGUUGCCGGCCUAUUAUUGGACUUGAUGGAGCGUUUAUGAAAUGGGAGUUAAAGGGUGAGAUUCUUGCAGCUGUUGAACGGGAUGCGGAUAAUAGGAUUUAUCCUAUAGCUUGGGCAAUAGUUAGAGUUGAAGAUAAUGCCUCAUGGGUUUGGUUUGUUGAUAAGUUGAAAUAUGAUUUGGAUUUGGGUUUAGGAAAUGGAUUCACUAUCAUAUCCGACAAGCAGAAAGGUCUGAUUAAUGAUGUUGCAGACCUCCUUCCCGCCGCAGAGCAUAGACAUUGUGCUAGACACAUUUUUGCAAAUUGGAAGAAGGUCUAUGGAGCAUCAGAGUAUGAAGAUUAUUUCUGGGCAAUUGAAUACAACUUCACUAAAGGUCAUUAUCAGUUCAAUUUGCACGCCUUAGAAGUGUUCGAUGCAAAUGCACAUGAGGACUUACUGAAAACAGAACCGAAGACAUGGUGUAGAGCGUUUUUCAGUACACACGCACGAUGCGAGGAUGUGUGUAACAACCUCUCCGAAAGUUACGACAGAACAAUCAGGGAAGCUCGUAAGUUGCCAUUGAUUAACAUGCUCGAGGAGGUUAGGAGGCUUGCAAUGAAGCGUAACUCUCGAAGGCGUGACAAAACAAGUGGUUGUUCAACUCCAUUUCCACCGAACAUUAUGGAGAUCUUUGAGCAAAACCGCAAAGCAAGUGACCACUGCACAGUGAUCAAAAGUAGUGAAAGCUUAUAUGAAGUCAGUGAGUUCGAUUGUUGCUACAAGGUAUGUCUUCCAUAUAAGCAUUGUGCUUGUAAUCGAUGGGACCUCACGGGGAUACCUUGUCAACAUGCUAUCUAUGUCAUAAAUGAGCAUAACAAGGAGCCUGAAGAGUGGCAAGAGACCUAUGAAAACAACAUAAAACCUGUCAACGGAGAGAGACUGUGGGAGAAGACAUUCAAAGAUCCUAUACAAAUUCCUGACAAAAGGAAAAUGCCAGGACGUCUAAGAAAUUAUGAUAGGAUCAACGAGGCACAUGAGUCCAAGACAAACCCGACAAAGGCUACGAGAGAAGGUAGACGCAUGACAUGUAGCAACUGUACGAAAACUGGUCAUAACUGUGGAACUUGUACUCGACAAGCUGUUCCUGAUGUUCCGAAACACAAAAGAGGACGGCCAAAAAAGACACCAACUCCGGAUGAUCCGUGGAGCAUUCAAAAUGCACCGAAGAGGAGGAGGAAUGCUCAAAGCCAGUUAACACCAAACCCGGUUAGCACACAACCUUGUAUUGAUCCACAACCUUCAACUGCUCCACAGCCUUCAAAUGCUCCAAAUGUUAGAGGACGUGGUCGUCCCCGCGGAAGAGGGAGAGGGCGUGGUCGAGCUCGUGGAAGUGAGCGUGAGCCUCUGAUUCCAAGAGAGUCUGGUUGCUAUAUUUCUCCCUUCUCUGGUCGUGUGUUUGAUGUAUGGGGGGCCUGCACAACCACCUCAAGACUCUUAGGAUUUAUCUCUUUCUUUAUCUUCUUGUCUCACUUCUCUAAAACUUUGUAG